CAUACCAUUAAAAGACACCAUUCAACUCUGUAGAAAGAAGUAGAAACACUACUCAGAAAAAGAAAGAAAGAAAUGGCAAAAAAUCCUUGCAAUAUUUUUGAGAGAUUGAUUAAAGCCACACAUAACUGUUUUGGAUAUGGUUAUGGCUACAGCCCCAGCUCUGUCUCUACAUAUUCAAACCAAGGAAAGGAAGAGAUGACAUCCACGGGAAAUAUUUGGACUUUACACCGCUGCUCAAGAGGGGGCUCGGACUAUACACCGCUGCUCACCUCCCCUGAUUACCCGGUGUGGCGCCUCAUUCCCCUUUAUUUUCCGUGGAGUGAGGUGGCACUAUCCACUAACUAUUGCAUCCUGCACCGGGGAACCGUCCCAAGAAGUGGCUUCAUAAUGGUGGCACCGAAGAAAUCCAUACUAGCCAGAUGUUUCACCCAGCCACUUCUUGUCGUCACUUUGCUCUUCUCCAUCAUUUUCCUCUUCUUCAUAUUCCUUUUUGAAGAUGCCAUUCUGACUGAUCGAGGUGAGAUCCCGAGGCGAUUAUGGUAGAAGACACUGCCGCCAAGGAUGCAUGCCCGAGGAGAUGGUGCUCGAAGAUGCUGCUACCGAGGAAGCAUCUUUGAGAGUAGGCUAGGCUCUAGGCUGUUUCUUGCAUAUGUACCCUUUUGUUUCUUUGAUUAUGUGUAAGGACCCCUUGUGGGCUUUUGUAAUCAUAUGUAAGGACCUCUUGUGGGUUUUUGUAAUCAAAUUCUUAU